AUGUCAUUACCAGAGGAUUCGGGGGCUCGCAGAAAAGAACGUGAGAGGGGAGCGCGGCCCAAGGUGCGUCUGAGUCGUUCAGAAGAGAGACAAGGUAGUGGCAGUGGGCAGAAAAGUGCUCACGGUAGGUGGAAAGAUUUAACUGCUCACGAACCGGCCGCCGAACGGCCUGUCAGUGACUGUUUUGAGUAUGGAAAUUUUUUAAAAGAGCUGGAGAGCAGGGACCAUGCCACAGCCACCACAUCUUCCCAGAGAGUGGGCUGCAGAUGUCACAGUAAGGAGGCCUCAUUACUGUCAGAAGAGGGAACAUCCAUUCCAGCAGUGGGAGCAGUCAACUCGAACGUAGAGUUGACAUCCAGUGAAGGGGGCAGCAGUGGCCGCACACUCCGGCAAAAAAUCCAAGACGCAGUGGGACAGUGUUUUCCCAUGAAGAUGAGCAGCGGAGCGAGCACGCCGCCGCUCCCUCAAGUAUUCUCUCUGUCGGCCAGCUGCACCUCCUCCAGGCGCAAGAUCCACCUAAGCGAGCUAAUGCUGGACAACUGCCCGUUCCCGGAGGGGUCGGAGCUGGCUCAGAAAUGGCAUUUAAUAAAACAGCACACAGCACUUGAGCCCACCGCGGGGCUGGCCGCAUUUCCAGCGGAUGAUGUAGACGGCCGGCUAAGGGAAAGGCGGCGAAUCAGCAUUGAGCAUGGCGUGGAGCCACCUGCCAAUGCUGAGAUCCAUACGCUGGAGGUGACGCCCCAGGCGAGUGCGGCCCUUCACAAGCGGCGUGGCCCUAAACUGGCGCACUGUGUGGCAGAGGCAGGUGGCUCCGAACAGAGGCAGUUUUUCCUCCAGCGACAGCACCAGCUUCUUUUGCAGAGCUGUCUGGACACGCUUGAUGAGGUGGUGGCGUCCUCUUCCGACAUUAGUGCCGCCCAUUCAAGUGACCCGGAAUUAUUCCCGAGAGCUGCGCCUCACCACGCCAGCCCGCACGUUCACACUCAAAUAGACUACAUCCACUGUUUGGUCCCUGACCUGCUGCAGAUCACCAACUUGCCUUGUUACUGGGGUGUCAUGGACCGCUACGAGGCGGAGGCUCUCUUGGAGGGCAAACCUGAGGGCACCUUCCUGCUGCGUGACUCUGCCCAGGAGGACUACCUCUUCUCUGUCAGUUUCCGCCGCUACGGUCGCUCGUUGCACGCCCGCGUCGACCAGUGGAACCACAACUUCAGCUUCGAUGUGCGUGACCCCAGCGUCUUCCACGCGCCCACCGUCACGGCCCUAGUAGAGCAUUACAAGGACCCCAGCUCAUGCAUGUUCUUCGAGCCAUUGCUGUCCUUCCCAAUGCACCGCACGCAGCCCUUCAGCCUGCAGAGGCUUUGCCGCGCUGUCGUCAGUAGCUUCACCACGUACGAUGGUAUCAACGCGCUGCCCGUUCCCAAUGCCUUAAAGAAACAGCUUAAAGAGUAUCACUACAAGCAGAGGGUACACGUUCACAGGCUGGACACUUGGUGGGAAUAA